AUGGAUCCUCGGAGGAUCCGAGUUUUCUUCUCGGACCCUGACGCAACAGAUUCCGACUCCGGCGACUCCGACACCUGCGCAGCCACGAAACCAGCCGGCAAAACAGAGAUCAUAAUCUUGCAAUGCAAUAGCAGCACCAACACCAGGGCCAAGAUGAACCCUGCUGGGUGUGGUCGACCUCAAGCAAUAGGCUCGUCGGCGCCGGCUGCGGCGGGAAACAUCAGAAACCGCGCCGUCGGGUCUGCGCCCACGACGAGGCGGUACCGCGGCGCGUACGAGCGCCAGCCCGGCCGGUGGGCGGCGGAGUUCCGGAGCCACAGACUCAAGGUCCGGCACUGGCUCGGCACGUUCGCCACCCAGGAGGAGGCCAAGGCCGCCUACGAUGCCUUCGAGAGGCGGUUCCACUCGUCGCCGCGCUGUGGCCUGCCGGCGUCGUCGUCGGAGCGCGGCGCCAACGCCGGUGGCGUUCGCAGAGCGUCCCAUUCACCACCAGAUGAUGAGAAGCGGCAGAUUGUACUGGCUCUGACGACGGCGGCGACGACUAGGAUGCUGCCGCCGUCGUCGGCGGGUGCGAUGGCGGCGUCCGUGUCCGUCCCGUCCGCGCCGUGCAUCUCCUCCUCGACGUCGGCGUCGUCGCCGCCGACGCUGUUUCGGGACGCGCGACGGUGCGACGAUGAUGCGCCGCGGAGUCUUCAUUCGAUCUGGGCGGACGAGCCCGGCGACGGGGAUCUCGUAGGGCUAGCCGAUCUUGCGCACCUGCCAUUGCCGCAGUUCUCGGAUCCCAGCAUGGACUUUGAUCCGGCUGAUUUGUCGUUGUUUGAUAACGGAUUCUUAUGA